UCAAUCCCACUGUAUGAAAAAAACAUGUAUAUUUUCUCUUCAACUUCAAGAAUCAACAUUUCUAUUUCCAACCGAAUGGACUUUGUCUUGAAGUAUUCAUGACUUGACGUGUGAUAUAUGGGAAAAAUUGACCAAUUAACCUGAAAUUUGUGGUAUAAAAUACAGAGAUUAUAGAGGAGUGGGAGAAGAAAAUUGGUGGCCCUUUCAUGAAUUUGGCAAAGCCAUGUGAACUGGCAUGCUCAAAUAUACCCAACCACCAGACAUCAAUACCCCACUUAACCAAUUGAAAUUUCAUAAUCACCAGCAUAGCACUUCCUUCAGAAACUCUAUAAAUAUAAACAUCAAAAUGAGCCUUCAAACAACAAAUUUAUUUUAAGUACUACUUCCUCUUCUAGAUAGCUCUUACCAAUCAGAUCAGAACCUUAGACAUUUUUGACAGUCUUUCAUCUCGAGAAAAUGGGGAUUCGGUUUCUAUCUUUGGUUCCUCAUGCCAAGCAAAUUCUGAAGAUGCAGUCAGGUUUCACCAAAAACCAGUUGGAUGUUCCAAAAGGGCAUGUGGCCGUUUAUGUGGGAGAGAUCCAAAUGAAACGGUUCGUUGUUCCAAUAUCUUACUUAAACCAUCCGUCGUUCCAGAAACUGCUCCGCCAUGCAGAGGAAGAGUUUGGCUUCCAUCAUCCUCAAGGGGGCCUAACAAUUCCUUGCAAAGAAGAUGCCUUCAUUGAUCUCACUUCUAGAUUGCAAGUAUCUUGAAAGAUGAACAUCAAAGCACAAGCUUCCAAUUUUUACAACCUUUUCUGGUUGUUUCUGACUCAUUUGUUUUUUGACUCAUAAUAGAAUUUUGUAGAAUGGAAUUCCGUUCUUGCCUGUAAAUGAGUGGCAUUGUAAUGUAGCAUUCACCAACAGAAAUGAAUUAAAAGAGUACACAAAUUUAGCAUCAAAUUUCUUUGUAGUCUUUUCUUUGCUGCUUUAUUUGUGAUGGUUAACCUGCAAUCCAUGGAACUAAGAAAAUUGUUGCCAGAUUAUAAUAUCUUGAAGAUUCAGACUUCAAAGUUCUACAUAUCCAAGGCAAACUGGAUCCUUGAAUCUCUUAUACAUUCUUCUUUCAAUCACUCCAAUUUCCCACUUCAGAAUCCU